AUGGGGGUUGCGGACUACGAGCCGUCCUACAAACGGCUAAACGGUAGGAAGGCUCGUAGUUCGCAACCCCCAUACACAAUCCUACCCAACGAGGCGGACUACGAGGCGGACUACAAGAUAGAAAAAACUGAUAAAGUUGAUCUGAGAGUGUAUUACUGUUGCUUGUGCGGUGGCUGCGUCCACUUUCAUAUAAAAGAACUUGACCCAACUUAUAAGAAAAUUGGAUCUUACAUAGACCUCAAAAAUUAUCCUUAUGGAUUAACUUCGAGGUGGAAAGAUCAUGGCAAGAUUAUUUUUGACUGUCCGGGCGCGCAUGGCCCAGAGGAGUGUUACGGCAACAAGCUGCACGCAUGCGCUAUCGAUAUACUGAAGAACGUCUCCCAGUCAGAAUUCUACAACUCUUGCAUGAUGAAUUCUACAUGGGGAGGUGAGGGGUCAACUGAUAAAGACGCUAUCAAUUGCGGAAAAUUAAUGAAAAUAGACUCGAAGCCUAUCAUUGAAUGUGCUAAUAGUGAAAGAAGCGAUGCUCUAAUGGAAUAUUACGGUAUAGAAACUGACAAGGUAACAAACCCAAACAAAAAGCACAUGCCUUUAAUAUUGCUGAACGGAAAGGAGUUUAACAGAGCCAAGGAUCUAAUGAAGACAAUCUGCCAAACUUUGGCUAAGCCGCCACCAGAGUGCAAAUCAUAUUUUUAA